AUGAUCAACUGUGAAGAACGUGCGCACAUGAUUGAGGGCAAGAGAGGCCGAGGGUCUCGACGGAGGGGACGGAUGCGAAAACAGGGUUCGUCCAGAUUUCUCUUCUAUACUAAUCCCCGACGGAAGGAGUAUUACGACAAUCCCAAUGGCGCUAAUAUAGUGCAGGCCUCGCACUUCGACUAUGAGUUUGAUUUGGGCCAUAAAGUGAGUCCAACCCUUCCAUCCCUUCCCAUCACUGCCACUACUCUAACACUUAUUGUGUUUAUAUGUGUAGCCAUUGGUGACCCGGUGCCCAUGAUCACUUGGUUUAAAGAUAGCAUUGAAUUAGAUCCUCAUUUGCAUCCAUACCUCCAAAUAUCGGAGUGGAAAUACGGUAAAGACCGUAUCAAAAGCAAACUGGAGAUUGACCCAGCCAGGCAAAUGGACAGUGGCACCUACGAGUGCAUGGCUAUUUAUGAAAAAAUCAGUUCCAAUUUGAAUCAAUGA